UAUUCACUGUCGACUUGUUUUCUGGUCAUACAUUCUCAAUCCUUGGAUCAAAUCGUUGAUGCUGAUCCAACGACUGAGGUUUUAAGUCAAAGGAACCCUGCAUAAACGACAUAACGUACGAGUUCGACCUCUCCCCUAGUCCCCUGCUGAAUGCUAGCCAAUCCAUUCAUAUUUAAACCAGCGCCAUCCAUGCCACAUUAUUCACCACUGGCUGCUUUUAAAUCUAUAAACAUACAACGCUCUUUUUCUUUAUUUCUCGUGUUUGUUUUCCAGCAAGAAAAAAAAAAACGUAGAAUCUUACACACAAAAUAGAAAGAAAAAUCACGAGAAAGUUCUUUGAUAUUUCGCUCUAAAAUUGUAUUAUUUUGGCUGUUUUCGGUUGACGAUGUGCAGUUUCUGAUAUUUGGAUCGAAGAGUCUUGAUUUGAAUUUUACAGUAGUGAAGAGUUUUGGUUAGGGUUGGGGCUUGUUUAAUUGGCUGGUUCUUUCUUUUUGGCUUUUUCGGUUUGAUUUGGGUGUUGGAGUUUCAUUUGAUGAUGAUUAUGGCCGAUGGUGGUUCGGGGCCUUGGCCUUGUGGUGAUAUCAGUGGCGUUGACGAGGUUGAUGGCGGCAAUAGCGGUGGGAAUUUGGAAUUGACAAUGGAUAUGGAUGACUUCUUACAUAUUCUUGAAGAACCUGGUGAUCCUUCUCAGAGUAGUCCCGAAGAAUUUUCAUCUAAGAACUUGAAAAAUGAGUCGGCUACUGAUGUUGAUGUUGGCAACCACAAGAACUUUCAGCUUCAAAGUGGUUUUCAGAUGUUAAACGGACGACAUGCAUUAGAAUCUGAGUCCAUAAAUCCAGCUACAUUUUACCCUUCACACAAUCCAGAAGCUUCAGAUGCUAGGAUUCGAGGUUCAUUUGGUUCCUUUGAUCAUGCGGGGAUUUCUGCCAUGGCCUUUAAUCAUGUGACACUGGAUCCCUCAUCACAAAUUAGCUCUCCUAUGCAUGCCUGCCCCGUAAGUCCCAAAGAGUGGUGUUGUCCAUGUAGCAGGGAUCAAGGAGAAGGGAGGGUUGGUGUAUUGCAGCCUGAGAUUCCAAGUUGUAAUGCUUCACAUGGCCUUUAUAUGAAUACUUCACAUGAGAAGUUUGGACACAGUGGUGCUUUUAUUGAAAAACCUGAAAUUGAUUUAUAUAGAUCUAUGGAUAUGUCAUUUGUGGAUGCUGAUGUUUCUUCGCAUAAUCUAGUUUCUUCUCAGUCUACCUUUUGUCAUCAUUCUGAUGAUAAUACUGAAUUAGGUGCCCAUUUUCCAGCCAUGCAAUUUGGUGUCAAUGCUGAUAAUACAUUUUUUCUUGAUUCACCAGAGUGUUAUUUUGUUGAAGAUUUCAGUUUUGAAUUAUUGCCUAGCAAUGAAGUAAUUACAACUAACAAAAACGAUGAAAUCAGGGAGUUUCAAACUGAGAGUUCAUGCUCUGUUUCUGAGAUUUCAGUGAUUGAUUACUCUGAUGUCAAGGGACUGAAUUUUAAAAGUGAAGCUGCUAACUGUAUAUCACGUAUCAGCAGUAGUUUUUCAUCUAAUACAGAUGAUAGAUUUGUUGAUAACAAGUCAUCAGGAGUACCAUUCAGUUGUAUUCAGUCAACCAUCUGCAAGAAGCAACUGGCUGCCGUAGAGGAUGGAAAAAUUGAUGAAGUGGUAGCAUGUAGGAGCAUGAUAAGCCAUUCCGAUGAAAUAUCUAAUGAAGCUGUCAAUAGAAAGUUUUCUUGUAGUGAUGAAAGUGGUCUUUUUGUUGAUGAAGAGUCAAAGCAAUCAUCUUCUGGUGUUUCUUCUUCUGUGUGGAGCCAGAAUCAUUUUAUCUACGUUAAUGAUGAGAAAGGAGACGUAAAUGUUGCAUCUAUGAGAGCUCAAUUUGAUGGAAUUGCUGGUAAAAUUCCCCUUGGUGCACAUUUGAAAUUAAAUGCUUCAGACCAUUAUUUUUCACAUGUUGAGGAACCUAAUGUGAACAAGCAGCUGAGUUUUGUUAAGGAGGAAAGAGAUAGUAAAUUGAUUCAACCUGAGUGCUUGGGUCAUCUUUCAAGCGUCAGCCCUGAAUCAAUUCAGAGUAAUUUGUCUGGUAGCAAAUCCAAUGUUGAUGACGGCACUGACCUAUGUGUUCUUGAAGAUAUCAGUCAUCCUGUUCGCAUAAACCAAUCUGUUGCAGUUGGAAAGGCCAAUGGCCCUACACAACAUUCUGCAUAUGGUAAUUCCGUUCAUUGUACUGGAAUUGGAAGCACAAGGCUUAGGGCUAACGAUGAGAGGUUCAUAUUUCGAGCUGCAUUACAGGAUAUUUCUCAGCCAAAGUCUGAAGCUAGUCCUCCAGAAGGAGUUUUGGUAGUUCCUCUUUUGAGACAUCAGCGAAUUGCUUUGUCAUGGAUGAUUCAGAAGGAGACUAGCAUGUACUGUUCAGGAGGAAUUCUUGCAGAUGAUCAGGGAUUAGGGAAGACAGUAUCAACAAUUGCUCUUAUACUUAAGGAACGACCUCCAUCUGUUAAAGUAGAUCCACAAUUAGUUAAGAAAGAAGUGUUUGAACCUUUAGAUUUGGAUGAGGAUGAUGAUGAGGUUACUGAGGUUUAUGGAAUGAAAAAGGAUGCUCAAAGUUUUCAACUCAUGUCAAAUCAAAGUUCAAAAAAGAGCAUGAAUUCUUAUGGGCAAUCUACGGGAAGGCCUUCAGCAGGAACUCUUGUUGUUUGUCCCACAAGUGUCUUACGGCAAUGGGCUGAGGAGUUGGAUAAGAAGGUUAACAGUAAAGCUAAUCUUUCUGUUCUGGUAUACCAUGGAAGCAAUCGAACAAAGGAUCCUUGUGAACUUGCGAAGUAUGAUGUUGUUCUAACUACAUAUUCAAUUGUUAGCAUGGAGGUGCCAAAGCAACCUCUUGUUGAUGAAGAUGAUGAUGAGAUAGGAAAAGGUGAAGGUGAUGAUGGAGCAUCCUUGGGGCUCUCAUUUGGUAAGAAAAGAAAAUAUCCUCCCAGUUCUGGCAAAAAGGGGUCUAGGAAUAAGAAAGGAAUGGAUGCUGCAUUACUUGAGUCUGUUGCUCGACCUCUUGCAAAGGUGGCAUGGUUUAGGGUUGUCCUGGAUGAGGCUCAGAGCAUCAAGAAUCAUAGAACUCAAGUAGCUAGGGCCUGUUGGGGCCUUCGUGCAAAGCGCAGGUGGUGCCUAUCUGGAACUCCUAUCCAAAAUGCAAUAGAUGAUCUUUAUAGCUACUUCAGGUUCCUCAGGUAUGAUCCUUAUGAUGUCUACACAUUGUUCUGCUCCACAAUAAAGAUUCCAAUUCAAAAGAAUCCAACAAAAGGGUACAAAAAGCUGCAAGCAGUGCUGAAGGCAAUAAUGCUUCGUCGCACCAAAGGGACAAAUAUUGAUGGCAAACCGAUCAUUACCCUGCCGCCCAAAGUAGUAGAACUGAAAAAAGUAGAUUUUACUGAUGAAGAGCGUGACUUCUACACAAGGCUAGAGAUUGAUUCACGUGCUCAGUUCAAAGAAUAUGCAGCUGCUGGAACAGUCAAACAAAAUUACGUCAACAUUUUGUUGAUGCUGUUGCGUCUUCGUCAAGCUUGUGAUCAUCCUCUUCUUAUUAGGGGUUUAGAUUCAAUUUCUUUUGGAAAAUCCUCAAUUGAGAUGGCAAAGAAGCUCCCCAGGGAGAAACAGAUGUGCCUUUGGAAUUGCCUAGAAGCAUCUUUGGCAAUCUGUGGCAUCUGCAAUGAUCCACCGGAAGAUGCUGUUGUUUCAAUCUGUGGUCAUGUGUUCUGUAACCAAUGCAUAUGUGAACAUCUCACUGGUGAUGACAACCAAUGCCCUGCGUCAAAAUGCAAUGUUCGACUAAAUAAAUCUUCAGUGUUUUCCAAAUCCACAUUAAACAGUUCUCUCUCUGACCAGCCUGCUCAAGAUGGUUCUGGCUUUGAACUUGGUCGGGCAACAAACCCUUAUUCUGAGGGUUGUCCGCAUGAUUCCUCAAAAAUUAGGGCUGCGCUUGAAGUCUUGCUGUCACUGACCAAACCAGGGGAUUGUGCAUCUACAAAUGGUUCUUUGGAGAACUCUUUUGAUGGAAAUGCCGGCUGUCAUGAGAACUUGUGUAGUUCUGGAAAUUCAGUUAAUGAUAAUACUGAUAAGAGAAAUUUACUUCUGGAUGAAAAUGUUAAUGGUUCAGUUAAAGUAGUUGGUGAGAAAGCCUUAGUAUUUUCCCAGUGGACAAGGAUGUUGGAUUUGCUUGAAACUUGUCUUAAAAAUUGUUCAAUUCAGUACAGAAGACUUGAUGGAACAAUGUCAGUUGUUGCCAGAGAUAGAGCUGUGAAGGAUUUCAAUACACUUCCAGAGGUGUCAGUUAUGAUUAUGUCUUUGAAAGCUGCUAGUCUGGGAUUGAACAUGGUUGCAGCUUGUCGUGUGCUGCUUCUGGACCUCUGGUGGAAUCCUACUACUGAAGAUCAGGCAAUCGAUAGGGCACAUCGCAUAGGACAGACUCGUCCUGUUACUGUUUUGCGUUUAACUGUGAAAGAUACUGUUGAAGAUCGAAUUUUAGCCCUACAGCAAAAAAAGAGGGAGAUGGUUUCAUCUGCAUUUGGAGAGGAUGAAAAUGGUGGUCGUCAGACUCGUUUGACAGUGGAGGACUUGAAUUACCUUUUUAUGGCGUGAAGAUGGAGUUUACAGCAGUCAUCCAUUUGCUAACGCAGAUAUCAUAUAUGGUAUCCCAGCAGCAGGCUCCAAGAUUCUUAGCAGUUGCUGCUGUGGCUUUAUAACGGAAUUGGGACUGUAGUCUGACUCGUUUCAGCAUUGAUACCUCAGGGAAGUAGUUUUUUGCUGACAAGAAAAUACAUGCAUAGAUGUCCAGGAAGAUCCAUUUUUCUUUUUUAUAAAUUUUUUGGUGGGCCAUCUCCCAUUACAUUGAUAGGAUCUGGAGUUCAAAGAGUCUUACAGUUAUUAAAGAUACUGAGUUUGAUAGGUAUAUAUGUAAUUU